AUGCAGACAAUCAACUCCAUCUACGAGGUGAACACACCAAAGACUCAACUGUCUCUAUUUCAUGGACCUGCAGACCCUCCAUUGGUCACAGUGGCAUUGGGAGAGUUUCUCGAUAUCCAAUGCGAACGAUAUGGAGAGCGUGAAGCACUUGUGUUCCCAUGGACUGAUACACGAUGGACAUACAAUGACUUGAAAGAGGAGAGUUCAAAGCUCGCAAGAUAUCUCUACUCAAGGGGCAUCCGUCCUGGAGACAGAAUCGCCAUCCUUGCUGGAAACAGAGUCGAGUAUGCUUCCGUCUUCUUUGCGUGUAUGCGUAUUGGCGCGGUGCUGGUCAUCCUGAACAAUACCUACACUAUUCCCGAGGCAGAGUAUGCUCUCAGAUACACAGAUUGUAAGGUCCUAUUCGCGACACCGACAAUUGGCAAGCACAUCGACAACUCGGCCAUGCUCAGGCAGUUCUCAGAUAGCGCGGAAAAGCUCCCAGCAUUGCAAGAAAUCAUCAUUCUCGCAGACGACCUCGACAACCUCCUACAUUAUCAAGAUGCCGUCAAGAUCGGAUCACGACUGCCCAACGAACCCGUCAAACAAGUACAAGACAGCCUCUCACCUUAUGAGACAUGCAAUCUACAAUUCACAAGCGGCUCAACUGGUCAUCCCAAGGCGGCUAUGCUCACACAUCACGGCCUGCUGAACAACUCUCGCUUUAUUGGCGACCGUAUGAGUUUGACAGCGGAAGAUGUGCUUUGCUGCCCACCACCUAUGUUUCACUGCUUUGGUCUUGUACUGGGCAUGCUGGCUUGCCUGACACACGGCGCAAAGAUUGUAUACCCCUCAGAGAUCUUCGAUGGUGCAUCAGUGCUGCAGGCCAUCACCGAUGAAAGAUGUACUGCCAUCCACGGGGUACCAGCCAUGUUCGAUACCUUGUUCAGCCUGCCACGUCCGGCAGGAUUCAACUGCGAUAGACUACGAACAGGCAUCAUUGCAGGGGCUCCCGUUCCACGCCACCUGAUGGAACUGCUUGUCAACGAAUUCGGCAUGACAGAGUUCACGAGCAGCUACGGUCUCACCGAAGCUUCUCCCACUUGCUUCAACGCCUUUGUCGACGAUUCAAUCGAUCGCCGUCUCACCACCGUCGGCACAUUGAUGCCUCAUGCUCACGCCAAGAUUGUUGACAAGAACAAUCGCGUUGUACCUGUCGGCACUCGCGGUGAACUUUGUAUCGCAGGCUACCAACUCCAACAGGGCUACUUCCGCAACCCAGAAAAGACAGCAGAAGCCAUGGAGCGCGAUGCAGAUGGUGUGCUUUGGCUGCAUACCGGUGAUGAAGCAGUCUUUGACCGUCAUGGCUACUGCUCCAUUACGGGCCGCUUCAAGGAUAUCAUCAUUCGCGGCGGCGAAAACAUCUAUCCUCUCGAGAUUGAAGAACGCCUCAUAAAGCAUGACUCCGUUGAACGUGCCAUCGUUGUCGGUCUGCCUCAUACCAAGUAUGGAGAAGUAGUCGCUGCAUUCUUGCAACGCAAUUCUGGUGCUCAGAAGCCUAAUGAUGAGGAUAUCCGCGACUGGACCAGACAGACAUUGGGCAGACAUAAAGCACCGGCUCAUGUCUUCUGGCUUGGUGAGAAUGGCGUCACUGAUCAGAUUCCCAUCACCGGUAGUGGCAAGAUCAAGAAGUUUGAGAUGAGAAAGAUUGGGCAGGAUCUGUUGGCUUCUAUGCCCAAGGCCAAGCUUUGA